AUGCACCCUUUGCAUCGGGCAGCGCUCAAAUUCAGUGCCAGAUCACCGUGGGUUCGGGCACGUGGGCCAGGCCCGCGAGCCCGACUCAAUCCUCAUGCACAGAGAAAGUCCUCCAAUUCUGCCAACUCAGGGCCCUCGAAAGACUCAACAAGUCCUCCGUCGCCGUCGCAAAACAAACUCCCUCCACACUCGCUCCAUGAAGUGCCCGUAGGCGAGACAGCGAAGCCCCUCGAUCCUGUCGACAUCCCCAUACAGCUGUGGUAUCAUCGGCUGGGGCCCGUGUCUACAUUUUUUCAGUGGUUCCAUCGUAACCAAGUGAAGAGACCAUAUACCGUGCAACUAUGCACGACCUUAACGACCUACCUCUGCGGUGACCUACUGGCACAGGAUAUUGGAGGGGAAUUGUACAAUCCAUGGCGGACGCUGAGGAUGUUGACCAUUGGAGCCCUUGCGGCGAUACCAGGUUACAAAUGGUUCCUCUUCCUGGGUCAGAGCUUUAAUUUCCCCUCGAAAAUGGCCUCCAUCGCGACAAAGGUUGCUGUCAACCAAGUUGUCUUCACUCCUGUGUUCAACACAUACUUUUUCGGCAUGCAAGCCCUACUGACCGGCGAGCAUGCGAUGGGCAUCAUCAUGCGCAUUCAAGCUGCGGUGCCAGUCAGCAUUGUCAAUUCUCUGAAACUGUGGCCUGCGGUGACUGCCUUCUCUUUCGCCUUCGUUCCGCCCCAAUACCGGUUCAUGUUUUCCGGGAUCUUUGCCGUCGCGUGGCAGUGCUAUCUGAGUUUCCUCAAUCGUACAGAAGAGAAGAUUGAGGCGCAGAUUGAUACUCUGAGCAGGCCGGUGGUGAAGCAGGGCAUAGUGGCGAAGUAA